AUGUCCAUUUACUUAAUUCCUCCAGAAAUUCUGUCAGAUAUCUUCAGGAGGACGCUGUCUUCAGACCAUGAUGACAAUCCGAUAUCAUCUAACACCGGCCCUAUGCUCCUCAUACAGGUUUGCAGAACCUGGAGACAUGUGGCCGUUUCCGAUUCGAGUCUUUGGUCAUCUCUGAGAAUAAACGUAUCACACGCAACCGGCAUGAACCAUCCCUGCAUAGUUGAGCUAUGGCUCAAACGCUCGGCGUUCCAACCACUUACGAUAACUGUAUGGAUUGACCCUUUCUCUCAUCUGAAUCGAGAAGCGCGUGAGAUCGUUCAGACAAUUCUGCAUAUGCUUUCUAAUGUAUCAGAGCGUUGGGUCCGACUUUCAAUGACUCUUCCAGCGUCUAACAGACUCUUCGCCGAGUUCUGUUCAUCCCAGGCACCCAAUCUCGAGUUGCUGUCAUUCAAGAUCGGUAAUUGGUCAAUGGAAGAAGCGCAAAGUAUUAACACUCUUCUGCGUCAUGCACCCGCUCUAAGAACAUUACAGUGGAGUAACAGGUGCUCAUGGGGCUCAUGGGAUGCACCCUUUGAUAGCGGAAUGCAGCAUCUUCGUGUAUCAUGGGCCAAUCUCACCGAUAUUUUGCUCGACACAUGGAUCACGCUUAAAACCGCGUUGGAGAUUCUACAGAGAUGCGAUAAUCUAGUUAACUUGGACUUACGCCAUUUCUCGUAUAACCCGGAGCUCUUGUUUGAGCCCAACAAUUCAAUUUCAAGCCAACAAGGUCCCGCCUUGCACGAUCGACUACCUUAUACCCAUCUCCCCUAUCUCGAAUCACUAACUAUCUAUCAACUGAAGCUCGAUGAAGGCCUAUCACUACUCAUGGAGCGCAUAUUUGUGCCUAAGUUGAUCCAUUUUAAUUUCACUUGCGGUUUCAUCGACCACGUUAAAUGGCCCCAGGCAUCUUUUCAUAAUCUAAUCACGCGGUCAGCAUCCCAUCUACAAUCCCUCAUGCUGGAAUACACAGGAAUAUCUCAGGACCAGCUUAUCCAGUGUCUACAGGAUUGUUCAACGUCGCUUAGGCGGCUCGAGGUAUACGACGCCCGAGGAGACAUUUGUGUGGGUGACACCCUCCUGGAAAUGUUGCGCGCACAAACCUUACCCGACCCAUUCACUUACCAUGCCACACUGUGUAACAAUCUCACCACGCUUAUCUUACACCGCGUCGUUGAGUGCACUGACGGGGCACUUGCCCAAACGCUGGAAUCACGUACUUCCAUCAGUUUGUCUGACCAAAAGCAGCAAAGAUGUGCGCCGCUGCGUCAUGCUGAUAUCAUAUUCUCGAAAUGCUUCUUCAAGACCAACCAACUCGACCUACAUUACCUAGAAUCGUCAUUUCCGAAAUCAGCAGAAUGA